AUUUUCGAAUACGAUCAACUGAGUUUCAUUUGUUUUUAAAAAUUUACUUUAAAAUCAUUAGUGUUUUGUUCAAUUGUUGUACGUUGUAGAUUCAACACAACUUUGUUGUAUUUUUUUUCACACAAAGAGAAAAUUUGAAAUUGACCUCGCGGAUUACGUUGAGGCUCGUCACGUAACAUUGCUCAGCCGCUAGUGCCAACUAUACAUCUGGCUUGUUUUUUAACGUGUUGCAUUGCUAUAUUAUUGUUAUUCGUUGAAGCUGAUUGUGAUAGGCGUUGCCGACUAUCGUGCAUAUCACUCAGCAGCGUUUUUUUUUUACUUUAUUUUCAAUUUUUUUUAAUUGGCAAAGAUGGUUUGCCAAAAAAUUGUUCUCAUUCAAUUGGUUACUCUUGUUUUGCUGUCAUGCUUCAUUACAAAUGGCUUGGCGAUAAAAUGUUGGGUGUGCAGAUCAGAUUCAGAUCCUAAAUGUGCUGAUCCUUUCGACAACUCCACUGUUCCAAUCACUGAUUGCAGCCAGGAAAAAGAUUUAGAACAUCUACCUGGAGUGAGACCAACAAUGUGUAGAAAAGUACGACAGAAAGUAUCCGGAGAAUGGCGAUACUUUAGAAGUUGUGCUUUCUUGGGAGAACCAGGUAUCUUGGGAGAUGAACGUUUUUGCUUGAUGCGUACCGGUACCUAUAAUAUUUUUAUGGAGUAUUGUACUUGUAACAGCAAAGAUGGUUGCAAUUCGGCUACAGGACUUUAUCAAAAUUCAUAUCUUCCAAUAGGUUUAACGGUACUUGUUUUUUCUUGGUUUCUAAGAAACUAAAUUCAAGGCACAUCCUUAGCAUGACUCAUGAGUGAAUUUUAGAAUUAUUGUUCAGUUUUCACCAGAUAAAUAUUGUAUUUUCAUAGUUUUUUAAAGCAACAAAUUAAUCAAAUUCAACAUAAAAUGUUAGAAGAUGAAUCUAUAGAUCUGAGCAGAAGACUGCCUUAAUGCUGAUUCCGUCCACAAACGAACUCAAAAUAUAGUAAGAUUUAGAGUAAACAUUUUUAUAUUUUGUACAGUGUGUAAUAAACUUCAAGGCAUUGUUGCCUGAAAAAAUUUUUUUACAAUUUUUGUACAUAAUACAACGCAGAAUCU